CGCUGCAGCUGGAUCGCGGGCGAAGGAGAAAAUCAAUUAAGUUAUGAAAAAUAGCAUUAAUUGCCUUUCUUUGUCACCGCGGCUCAUGAAGAAAUGGCGGAUCUCCAGACGUCGUUCAUGUGAGGACAAACACUUCGCACCCGAUGGCGCGUUCCCCGACCACAGGAACCACCUCCGCCCACAGGGAUAUUUACGUUUUUUAGUACUACUACAGAAUAUCUUCCAAACACACGAGAAUGAGCUGAUGGUUGUCGAAGUCUGCAAGAAGACGCUGCAAAACAGAGAGAGGCUGACUGGAAGAUGCCAAGAAAAAAACAGCAGAAUCCACAGCCAGUCAAGUUGGAUUCUGAAGAUGCUGUAGCCACUGAAGCUCCUGGAAACCUCUCAUUAGACACAGACUUCCUUCUCGGACAAGACCUUGAGUUUGGUGAUCCUGAUCAUGACAACAAGAUUUUAGGCCUGGAAAAGUUCUCAGAGGUAGCUGCUGAGAUUGGUUUCUCUGUGUAUCCUCUGGGUGAUGAGGAGAGCCCUGCCUACGGACAGCUCAGCAUGGAAAGUGAAACAGACAACUCUCGCAGCACGACAGACAACGGGCGGGAAGAUGAGGGCAGAGCAGCCCAGUCGGAGCCCAGUUUUCCCCCGUACUUGUCCUGCAGGGGCUGCGGACAGCUCCGCGAUGAACCUCUGGGACCUGGCAUAGACCUCGUUGGUCCGUAUUGCCUUAGGUGCUGCAAAGCCUCCAGGGAAGCUAAGACUACAGACUUCUGCUCCCCCUUUGGAGGCAUAAGCGGGAUUCGCUCAGGUUCCCACUCGCAGCUCGAUGGCGACGGGAUGGGUGACAAAGCACUGACAGCCGAGGACAAACUGGCCAAGCUGCACUCAUGUCACCUCUGUGGCUUCUCCUCGCGUUACGCCAAUCAUGUGAAGCGCCACAUGAAGACCCACAAUGGGGAGAAGCCCUACAACUGCCCCCUGUGCACUUAUGCCUCGGCCCAGCUGGUGAACCUGCAGCGUCACCUGCGCAUUCACACCGGGGAGAAACCUUACAAAUGUGACACCUGCACUUUUGCAUGCAGUUCCCUCGGCAACCUCAAGAGGCACCAGCGCAUGCAUGUGCCCUCUGCUGGCUCUGUACAGGAGGCUCCGCCGAGACCCCCCCCUGGCCUGAACAGUCUGAAGAGGCAUGUGACCGGGCAAAGACCCAGUGAAGAAGAGCCUGGUGCCUCAGCAAAGGUUUCAGAGGUGGAAAGGCCGACGUCUAACCUGAAUUUAGGAGCCCCGAACAAUGACUUCCUGUCGGCCUUCGAUGGCUUAAAGGGGGCAUCACCACCACCCAUCCCGCCCUCUAACCCUGCUCCCAGCCACCAGCCUCCGCCUGUGCUGCCGACCACAGGUAACGAGGGAAACAGGACAAAUAGGGGAGACGUAUCAGACGGUGCAACCCUCCCCCCUUCACUUUUUCCCUUUACUUGCCGUUUGUGUGGCAUUGUCCUGGAGGAUGAGGACGGUUCCUCAGCCCAAAUUUGUGCCAAGUGUACCCUUGAAAUGCUGACUAAAGACGCCUCGUCGUCUCCCAACAGCCCCGGCGAGCGCAGCGACAAGGUGUACACCUGCGCCGCCUGCCCCUUCCUCACGCACUACCCAAACCACUUGGCACGCCACAUGAAAACUCACAGCGGCGAGAAACCGUACAAGUGCCCACAGUGCGACUACGCCUCAGCGCACUUCGACAACCUCAAGCGUCACCACAGAGUGCACACGGGCGAGAAACCUUACAAGUGCCAUUUGUGCGACUACGCCUGCGGGAACCUGGCCAACCUGAAGCGCCACCAGCGGGUGCACUCGGGCGCCAAACCAUUCCAGUGUGCCGUGUGCAGCUACAGCUGCAACCAGAGCAUGAACCUGAAGCGGCACAUGCUGCGGCACACGGGGGAAAAGCCGUACAAGUGUCAGGAGUGUGGCUACACCACUGGCCACUGGGACAAUUACAAGAGACACCAGAAGAAACACGGCCUGGCCACAGACGGCUGGGUCAAGGUUCCAAUGACUGGCAACGACGAAGACGACGAAGUGGGGAAAGGGAUGGGAGGGGGAGGCCAGACUCACAGAAAAGAAGCAGGAGUUGAUAUGCAGUAUAUGUCUCGGGAGGGAGGUCAGACUAUACACUCGUGCUACAAACUUGAGAUUGUAUAAAUAUAACACAGCAGAACUAAGCUACCAGCAAUUGUGUUUUUGUUUAUUCUCACAGAGCCUUUAUAUUGUUUUAACGUGUCCGUCGUUUAGUGUUUCGUCAGACGUCUUCAGAGGCUGCUAAUUGUUAAUUUGUAGAAUCUCGCACAAUUAUGAAAAACCAAUUGUCGGAUGCCUUUUGGAUUAAGUAAGGUGGAUGAGUCUGUUCAUAGUUUGUCUUCUCCUCUGUCGCUGUGUUUAUGUCGCGACUAAUGGUCUUUACUGUCAAAGUCUUUUCACUGUCUGGUUCAGUCUUUUACUGCGCGCUUCUUUUAACAGUUCCCCUUAACAAAAAAAACACAUAUCCUGUUCUACCAAAUACUCCUGAACAAAUCUACAUGGAGCUGCUGCACAACUUCCCCCGAACUGUUACGUUGCACCGUGUAGUUUCUUUUAUUUGUUUGAUAAAAGAUCAUCGAUGUUUUUAUCGAAGUCGUCAGUGCCACAAGAAUCAAAAUAAAAUAACAUGAAUGUAACUGAUUUACAGAAUUCUUAUAACACUCAUAUCACAUGACAGGAGACUGAUUUACCUUUGGUUUGACUGUUGAGGUUUAUUUUAUCUUAAAACUCAACUUAAAAUAUGCUGAGAAGACUACACAGUGCAGCUUUCAGUAAAGAUGGGUCCUCGUGAAGAGCCAGUAUUGUGUUUUCCUUUGCAUUGGGGCACAGCUCUGGUCAUGGCAUGCCAUCAGAUGAAUUUACUAAUGUAUGUAAGGUGCAAGGUGCUUUUUAAAAGUACUGGAAUUGUUUUACACUCGCUAAAACUAUAUUGAAUAAUAAGGUUGUGUUUCUAAAUAAUCUCCUGCAACUUUGACUAGAUUGUGGGGUUUUUUUGUUUUUUUGCCAAACCCCUCAGGAUAGAAAGUGAAGUGGAAAACAAGAAUGUUGGCAAAAAAACAUUUGAACACUAAAACUGCAUGCACAAGCAUUUUAGUUGGUUGUAUGGAUAAAGGGAAAAGCACAAUCAUACACACAGCGACAUGUUGGCACGUUUAGGAUUCAGUUCUGAGACGGGAAAAGCAUCAAUAUCUUAUUUGUGAUUCAGGAGGGACAUGGGCAUGUUCAAAUAAUUUCCCCCACAAAUCUGCUACAUAUCAGUAAUCUAACUUUACUUUUUGGGUCUUUGUCGAGACAGACUGUAGAAUCACCUUCCUCCUACUAUUUACUAUUGACUGUGAAAUUAGCCCAUUCAUGUUUUUUUUUUACUUAAAAAAGAUAACACUAUUAGCAAGCAUGUGAGUGUGUAAUACUUGUUUUAUUUUUCUAAUGUGGCUGUAAUACGAGGCUAGAGUUGCAUACGGUAAUAUAUAGAAUUAGACUUUUUUUUUUCCAUUUUCAAUGUGUGGUGUCAUUUAGUUUCCAUGGAAAGAACAAUAGGGAAUAACAAUAAUUUAAAUUUGACUCUAUUUGUGAAUGACUAUUAUAUGCAAGUGAGAUAUUUUUCAGGUUGCCAAUUUGCCAUGACACCAUCAUCAUCAUCCAACCCAUCGAUUAGUACAACAUCCCCCGAGUGUCCAUUUUUGUCCUUAUGCAGUGUCUCAUAAAUGCCUUAAGUGAGGAAUUUCAAAUAAACACAUGGGAUUCAUUUCAUUGAAUGUCCGACAUCA